AUGGAUGAAAAUGAUUCCCAGUCUCAAGAAGGUCCCUUUAACGCGAACAUAGAGGCCAUCAUCGCCGACAGCGGAAUCUGGAUGAUUAUACCACACGACGAAUACCAUUACGGUCGCUUUGGGUUUAAUGACGACCGCACCGCGGCUCAGUCUUUCCUCUUCUUCGCAACGAACAUGUAUUUCACUCAGACAUCCUUCCGCGGCGAAGAUCAGGAAAUGUUCCGUAAGAAAGAGUCCCACGAAGAAAGAUUCGCCCGGCGUCUCCGUGAGGGAUAUGACUUUUCUUGGCUUGAAGAGUUGAACGAGCGAUGUGGUCCUCAGGAGGAAGAGGAUGCAGGGAUUUUGCGCUUGUAUCCUUUGCGACCUCCUGAGGAGAAGUGGUUGGGUCCAUAUGACAAAACAGAACACCUGUUUCCCCCUGAGGAGUUUGACUUUCUGCUCUAUGAAGGGCCGAUUUUGCAUGACCCACCAUCGUUCAGCGCGUGUGUGGGAAUAGAUUGA